CUUGCUUGAAAUUUAGUUUGAGACAAUUCAGACAAGGACUUGGAGGGAAUUGUUAUAGUUUACUGUAUGCGUCUUUGGAAUUUGGAAGUGAUUUAAACCACAAACAUGAUCAAUGGAGAAGGGAUUCAACAGGAAGAGAGGGAGGAGCCCAUGAAUACACUGCACACAGGACCCUCUUUUGGGGGGAUGAUAAACUCUGACAUCUCGAAGAGUGUCCGUUGCAGCACACAGCAGCCCAGGGGCAAAUGGGCUAACAAGUCUGAGUUUCUGUUUGCCAUGGCUGGGGAGAUAAUUGGGUUGGGCAAUGUAUGGCGCUUCCCAUACCUCUGUUAUAAAAAUGGCGGAGGAGUUUUCUUUAUCCCAUACUUUGUAUUCCUCUUGUUCUGUGGAAUUCCCAUAUUCUUCCUGGAGACAGCCUUAGGGCAGUAUACCAGUGAGGGUGGAAUCACUGCCUGGCGCAAAAUUUGCCCCAUGUUUGAAGGGAUAGGAAUUGCAUCUCAGGUGAUUGUAUCAUACCUCAAUAUUUAUUAUAUUGUGGUACUAGCUUGGGCUGUCAUCUACCUAUUCAACUCCUUCAAGAGUUCUCUACCCUGGGAUAACUGUGACAACCUCUGGAAUACAGAAAAUUGUACCACUUUGAAUGUUUCCAGAACUACUCUUCUGCAUUAUGACUCAAAUGUCACAGACUUUGAUGGCUAUAGCAAUGACCGUAUGUUUGGUGCAGUCAGUCCCGAAGAAGAAUUCUGGCGAUUUCGAUUGUUACGGCAGAAAGACACAGAUCUGGGUUAUAUAAACAGUGACCUGGCUCUUUGUCUCUUGCUUGUUUGGAUCAUCUGCUAUUUCUGCAUCUGGAAGGGGAUCAAAUCCACGGGCAAGGUUGUGUACUUCACAGCUACUUUCCCUUAUCUGAUGUUGUUCAUCCUCCUAAUUCGUGGCGUGACUUUGCCAGGUGCUAUGAAUGGAAUUAAAUAUUACCUCUACCCAGACCUGGCAAAACUUAGACACAUUCAGGUAUGGGUUGAUGCGGGGACACAGGUAUUUUUCUCUUAUGCUGUUUGCCAGGGUGUCCUCACUGCUCUUGGGAGCUACAAUAAAUACAACAACAACUGCUACAGAGACUGCAUUGGCCUUUGCAUACUCAACAGCUGCACAAGUAUUUUCGCUGGAUUUGCCGUCUUCUCUGUGCUGGGUUUCAUGGCUCACCAGCUGGGUGUUGACAUGGCCCAUGUUGUUAUGAGUGGUCCUGGACUUGCCUUUAUUGCUUAUCCCAAGGCAUUAGCUCUUCUCCCAGCUGCUCAGUUCUGGUCUGUGCUCUUCUUCUUCAUGGUCCUUCUUCUUGGUCUGGACAGCCAGUUUGUGUGUGUUGAAAGCCUGGCUACAGCCAUAUCUGAUCUGUUUCCUGAUGAGCUGAGGAAGCAGGGAAGACGGGAGAUCUUGGUGUUGAUUAUUGCCAUUGUGUGUUUCCUCUUCGGCCUACCAUUCGUCACAGAGGGGGGUAUCAAUCUUUUUACUUUAGUUGACCUUUAUGCUGUCAGUGGGAACAGCCUUCUCUUCAUUGCCUGCUUUGAAACCAUUGUCAUCGCAUGGAUUUAUGGUGCAGAUCGUUUCUAUGACAAUAUUAAAGACAUGAUUGGGUAUCCACCAUUUCCUUUACUGAAGUACUGUUGGCUGUUUAUCACACCAUUGAUAUGUGGGGCCACCCUUUUCUAUAAUAUGGUAUCUACGUCAGUGACUUUGCCAUGGGGUCAUAGUUUGGCUUACAUCCUCAUGCUUACUCCCAUGCUUUGUAUUCCAGCCUUCAUCUUUGUGGCUCUUUUAAAGACUUCUGGGGACCCACUCACGCCAUCCAGUGACUUGCGGCAGAUGAGACCACACAAAGCUCGACUUACACUUUUCGGUUAUGUCAUCAAACCUUAAGCGAGGCCCUGUGCUGAUGAGCCUUUACAACCAACAGAAUCUGAGGAGACUGAUACUGUCAUCAUCUUGAUGUUGAUGACAAGCCUAAUCUGCUUCAACCUGAGCAAACCUUGAUACUUUAUUCAGCUAGUAUAGAAACGCGGCAAUGUCUUGUGUCUUUGAAAUAUUCAACUGUUACAACUUUGUCACCCAAAUACUUUUACUUAAAGUGUAUAUAAUAUGUCUAUAUUUUCAUUGAAUUAAUAGUUGAUUCCAUUGUAUUUCUUAGCAGUACCAACAAUGUGUGUUCUAAAAUUGCUCUGCUUUUUUACUUCUGAGUUAACCUGGUUAAGACUAGACUGCUUCUCAAAUUCCAUCCAUUGAGACUGAGAGUGGGUCUGGAAAGGCUUCAUUGACUUAUGACUUCCAGGGGCAUAACCAGCAGUGAAAUUAAACUUCAAAUGUUGCAUUCAA